GGUACCCUUGUUGUUUCGGUUCAAAAUAUUGCUCGCUCGGAUCCUCCACGGCUCCUCCCCUCCACGCUUCUCGCUCGGAUCCUAGCGAACAGGAAAAUUCCUGAAAAAUUGAGGCUUAUUUCCCAACUCGGCGUCUCUGAAUCCCUGUGAGCACCUUGGCUCCGCGAUUUUCUUGAGGUUUUUCGGAGUUUUCCAGAUCCAAAGUGCGAAUUCGUCGGCGCUUCAAAGCCACGAGAUUCUUUGCCUUCGAGUUCACUGCACCCCGCCCCAAGAAAGCUCCACCUCCCCCACCGGCGAGAAGAAAAACCUAGCUAUAACCCCUAAUCCCACCAGUAAUCCCAUCCAUGGCCUCGUCGCUACCGCCUCGCGGCCCCUACGUGAAGGAGAACUUGGGGACCCCGCGGCGGGGGAUGGGGUUCAAGGUGGCACCGCCAAGGAACGUGCUGUCGGCUAUCAACAACGGCGCGGCGAACGGCGGGGCGCCGUCGGCGCAGGCAGAUGGCGGCGGCGGCGGGGCGGAGGCGGCGCCGGUGGUCGAGUUCAGCGGGAGGCAGGAUGUGGAGCUGCUCCUUGCCGAGAAGAUGAAGGGCAAGAGCAAGAACGAUUUCAAGGGGAGAGUCGAUCAGAUGAGUGAGUACAUCAAGAAGCUGAGGGCGUGCAUCCGGUGGUACAUGGAGUUGGAGGAUGGCUAUUUGGCCGAGCAGCAGAAGCUCCGAGGUGCUAUGGAUGCAGAGAAUACCCGUCACACCGAGUUGGAGGCCCACCUCAGCAAUGCUAUUGAAGAGCUCAAAGCUGCUAACUCGGACUUGACAAGACGUUGCGAGUCUCUAGAGGAGAGUUUGAAUAAGGAGAAAUCUGACAAAACGGUUGCUGUGGAAUCUUACGAGAAAGAAAAGAAGGAAAGGGAAUCAGCUGAGACUUCACGGGACUUACUCACUGUAGAUCUAGAAAGGGUCGCUCAUGACGCAAAGCGAUUUAGUGAGCAGCUAAAAAUGGUUCAAGACACGAACAAAAGGCUUCAAGAAUACAACACGAGCUUACAACAAUACAACAGUAACCUUCAGGCUGAUGCCUCAAAGAGUGGCGAGGCUAUCUCAAAACUGCAAAAGGAGAAGAGCGCCAUGAUGGAAACUAUGGCUGUUCUAAAAGAAUGUAACAGCUCAAUGAACACUCAGCUCGAGUCUUCUAGAGCUUCUCAACAAGAUGCUAUCAGGGUGAAGGAAGAACUUAGAAAAGAAGUGGAGUGUCUUAGAGCUGAGUUGAAACAAGUUAGAGAUGAUCGUGACCAUUCUGUUGUGCAACUGAACAGCUUGAAUAUUGAACUUGCUAAUUGCAAGGAACUAGUUGGAAAAUCUUCAAUAGAAUGUGAGAGCAUGAGCAUAAAAAUAUCAGCACUUGAGGAAGCAUGCCACGCACAACAAGAACAGAUUCAGACAUUUCAGAAGCAGCUUGCAGUUGCAACUAAGAAGCUGAAGCUUGCUGAUGUGACCGCGAUUGAGGCGAUGACAGGAUAUGAAGAGCAGAAGGAGAAAAUAAAAUAUCUCGAGGAGCAUCUAGCACAUGCUGAGUCUCAAAUUAUUGAAGGUGACAAGUUACGGAAAAAACUGCACAAUACUAUAUUGGAACUAAAAGGAAACAUUAGAGUUUUCUGUCGGGUUCGACCACUUCUGUUUGAAGGUGAUUCAAAUGGCUCGGAAGGAGCCUCUAUCUCUUAUCCAACAUCAGUAGAAUCUGCUGGGCGUGCUAUUGAUUUGAUCAACCAAGGUCAGAAACUUUCCUUCUCGUAUGACAAGGUUUUUGACCAUGAUGCUUCACAAGAAGAUGUAUUUGUGGAAAUAUCGCAACUAGUCCAAAGCGCACUUGAUGGGUACAAGGUAUGCAUAUUUGCAUAUGGUCAAACUGGAUCUGGUAAAACGUAUACGAUGAUGGGCGAACCAGGCGUUGAUCAAAAAGGCAUCAUACCUCGGUCUUUGGAGCAAAUUUUUAAGACAAGUCGAUGUCUAGAAUCUCAAGGAUGGAAAUAUUCUAUGCAAGCAUCGAUGCUGGAAAUAUACAAUGAGACAAUUCGUGAUCUGUUAACACCAGGUCGCUCGAACAGUUUUGAUAUAACCAACAGUAAACAAUAUACUAUAAAGCAUGACCCGCAUGGGAAUACAACCGUGUCUGACCUUACAGUUAUUGAUGUUUUCGGUAUUGCUGAUGUGACUUCUCUUCUUGAGAAGGCAUCCCAGAGCAGGUCUGUCGGUAGGACCCAGAUGAAUGAAUAUUCUUCUCGGAGCCAUUUUGUGUUCACGCUGAAGAUAUCUGGAUCAAAUGAGAACACAGGCCAACAAGUCCAAGGGAUUCUUAACUUGAUUGAUUUAGCUGGGAGUGAGCGUCUUGCUAAAAGUGGAUCUACAGGUGAUCGCUUGAAGGAAACUCAGGCAAUUAAUAAAAGCCUAUCAGCUCUAAGCGACGUAAUCUUUGCUAUUGCAAAAGGAGAUGACCAUGUUCCCUUCAGAAAUUCAAAACUUACGUACCUGUUGCAGCCAUGCCUUGGAGGAGACUCGAAAACUCUCAUGUUUGUCAAUAUUUCACCGGAGGCGUCAUCUGUCGGGGAGACAAUAUGUUCAUUGAGGUUUGCUUCAAGGGUGAAUGCUUGCGAGAUCGGAAUACCGAGACGUCACACGCAAGCCCGACCCUUCGAUUCCAGGCUGAGUUAUGGGUGAAGUUGCUGCAGUGCUCAUGUGAUUGAUGAUAGUGAGUUGGUUUGUGCCGCAUUUGGCUGUAAAGAUGACGCGCAGCUGGCUUCUUGUAACAUGUACAGUAGGGCUUUGGCGAUGCGCGGAGAGCAGCAUGCGUAUGACUGCUCACAUCUUGUGACGAUUCUUUUUGUUGUAGCUGAUAUGAGUAAUAUUAAUUGCUACUGUAUUCUCUUCAACAGCGAGUUCAAACUACUGUAUUUUUUUCCUGCCAUGUAGAACUCUGCUGCUGGCUUAUGACCACGACACUAUAUACGCUAGUAUUUAUAAUGAAAUCAAUUGGUACUUGGUACCAUGUAACUACUA